AUGUAUUCAUAUUGGUGGAUUUUACUUACAUUGUCUGUUAGUGAAGGAUAUAAAAUUUUAGUUGUUUUUCCUAUACCCGCUGGAAGUCACAGAAAUCUUGGUGACGGAUAUGUCCGACAUCUGUUGAAAGCUGGGCACGAGGUCACAUACAUCACCCCAUUUGUCAAGGAAAACUCUAACCCGAAAUUCCGGCAGAUAAGUGUUGCUGAUAAUUUUAAAGCUAUUAAUGGCCAAUCACUAAAUGUAACAGCGUUAAUGUCACACCAAGUGGAAUUGGAUCAAGAUCGCCUCUUUCAAUUGUCGAUAAAUUUAACGAAAAAUACGUUAGACAAUGAAGCGGUACAAAAAUUACUUAACGAUGCUUCGGAGGAGUUUGAUGUUGUCGUAGCGGAGUGGAUGUUUAAUGACAUCUAUUGCGGAUUUUCAGCAGUUUUUAACUGUCCAUAUAUAUGGUCUUUUCCAUACGAAGCUAAUUUCGUCAGCCUCGGCUUAAUCGAUGAAGCUACUAACCCUGCAUACACCGCGAAUAUCCAGGUUAGCGAUGUGCCGCCAUUCAACUUUUGGCAACGUGCUUAUGCUCUGUGGUUUCAAGUACUAAGCAAUUUGAAGCAAAUCCUUCUCUAUGAAAAUAUAGAAAAGGAAUUUUAUGAGAAAACUUUUACUCCAAUCGUCAAGAGACGGGGCAGAAAUCUACCAUCAUACGAUGAGCUUAGAUACAACGCAUCUAUGGUACUGGGCAACUCUCACGUGUCUCUUGGACAGGCAAUAAGACUACCACAGAACUAUAUACCGAUAGCAGGUUAUCACAUAGAUGAUGACACAGAACCUUUACCUGAGGAUUUGAAAAGAAUAAUGGACAACGCAAAAUAUGGCGUCAUAUACUUCGCCUUGGGUUCUAAUUUAAAAAGCAAAGAUCUUCCUGAGAACGUAAAAAAUAAUUUGUUAACACUAUUUGGUGAGCUAAACCAAAUUGUUUUAUGGAAGAUCGAACAGACAUUACCUAAUAAGCCUAAGAACGUACACUUUCUGGAAUGGGCGCCACAACAGAGCAUUCUUGCUCAUCAUAACUGUAUACUUUUUAUAACUCAUGGUGGGUUGCUUUCUACAACUGAAGCUGUACACUUUGGUGUUCCUUUUAUUGGAAUCCCUGUCUUUUUUGAUCAAAUUUUCAAUGUUGAACAAUCUGUCCAAAGGGGCAUCGCCAAAAAAGUUAUCUUGACUAAUAAUGUAGAUAAAGAUUUGAGAGUCGCCAUCAACGAAAUCCUCAAUAAUUCCAAAUACAAUGAAAGAAUAAAAGAGACGUCGUUCAUAUACCACAAUCGUCCAGUACCACCUGGAAAGGAACUUGUUCACUGGGUAGAACAUGUGGUACGGUCUGGUGGAGCACCAUGGCAUCGUUCUCCAGCUCGACUUGUGCCUUGGUACCAGAAGAUGUUUUUAGACCUCGUUGCGUUGAUAAUAGUUUUUGUAUUUGUUUUUUUACAAACCAUAAAAUUUAUGUUAUCGUGUAUUUCAACACAAAAGGUUCCAUAUAAAAAGAAGAUAACGUAG